AUUGAAAGAUCAAUCUUUGUCAAUCCUUUAAGGCAAGAUCACGUAUGAAAUAUUUAUGGGAUAGAUAACAUUAAUAAAAGGAAACGGUAGAUAGACAUAGGUCGCUCAUAAAUACGACGAGAUGGCGUACAAUUGAAAACGAUGGGUCCACAUCUUUCUCACGGGACACACAUACGUGACUUUAUCUGCAACUUCAUAUCCAACAAGAUCACCUUUUCUUUUUCAUUUUUUUCACAAUCACUUGUUUCAAAUUCCUUGAGGAUAUAUACACAUUCUUUUAUUAUUUGCAUUUAUAUAUUCUAUAUAUCAUGAUUAAUAGUUUGAUAACAAUAUACGAAAUUUCCAUGUUUUGAACUCCUGAAAAAAAAAUUCAUACAAAGUUUAGGCACUAAAAGUUUCAGUUUAUUGAAGAUGUCUGCAUUAUUUUAGUUUUAUUUCUUAUUAUGUUUGAUUUUUAGUUUCUCUAAUGUUUUCAUAAAGAGGGAUGUGUAAGCUAGGAUCGAAUAUGUGAUUUCAAAUAGUAUAAUCAGUCCAAUUAUUCUUUUAGUGAACACUCCCAAUAGGCAAUAAUUAUGUGAGCAAUUUGGUUAGGAUAAUAUACAUAAUUACAUUUUUAUAUAUUUUGAAGUGGAUGAUAUAUAUCUCGAAUCUAAGUUAACUGUGUUUAAGUGGGAGACGACACUUGCUUGUAUUCUCUCUCUUUUGGGUAACUAUAUUCUUAAGGAUGGGGUCCAAAUCAAGAAAAGCCCAUUAUUUUCAAGAUCGUCACAUUGUUGGAAGCUUUUUUUUUUUUACAUUAUUUUAUUUUUUAUUAGAAAAUAUUCUGCCAAUAAGAAGAUGUGAUUCUAUUGGCAAUACAAAGAUUUGAUGUCUUUCUAGAAACCCCACUUUAGUGAAAGUAAUGAGUUCCCUCUGCAAAAGGGUUCAAAGCUAAGCGUGAUCAGUGCUUCUUUAAUCUUUUUUUCCUUUAUUCUAAUUACAAACCUUAAUGUUAGAUUCUACAUUGGAUUAACUAGUAAAUACCAAUAUUUUGAUAUUGAGUUUUACAAAGACAACUAGUAUUUUGUUUUUCAACGGCCAUGAAAAGAGUCUAAACUAACAAAAUAUUUUGGAUUUUAGGAUCAUUGCAAUUUUCGGCUAAUUUUUUCUCUCUAAAAUGCACUAAAGUAGUUGAAGAAGUAUAGCUUAAUCCUUGAUUAAAUAAAUUAUAAAGAACAUGGGACCACGAAAAUGUCAACCUCUUUUAAACCAUUCAAAGCACAAAUGCACAAUCUAAGGCAAGUUGUGUAGAAGAUAGAGUGAGUCCAUUAAUCCAUAGCUAGAUUAGAUAGGUCUAAUCAAUGAUUUCACUUUUUUGUUGACAUAUUCAUAACGAAAAUUUUCCGACUUCUCAUGAGCUUUGACAUUCGCUUAAAGAAAAAGAUCUUUAUAUAUAAAAUAGUGUUUUCCAAAAGAGAAAUCAUAAGAGGAAAGAUAGGAAGAAGGAUAAGACUUUGAUUCUCACCAAACAGCGAAGUUUUUGGCAACUUGCAAGUUGCAAUACCUUCCACAUUUUAAUUAUCCAAAAAAAGUUUAAUAAUGUUAAACUUAAACACUCUAUUCCAUGAUGUGAAAAUCUUGUCGUCAAGUUGGUCUUACUCAUAUUUCAACAUUAUUAAUCAUACAAUACGGAAUCGCAAAUCUUAUAUAUAUCUGCUUUCUUUGACCAAUUGUAAUAGAUUAGUAUAUUUUAAUCAACCACAUAAAUUACUUUUCAAUUAAACAAAUAUCAGACAGAAAAAAGUAGUAAAUUUUUUGAAAAGUCAUAGGUUAUUAACAAUUUCCGCCAAUUUUCCGAGUACAAUCAUUCAUUUGUAGCGCUAUUAUCUUGUACUCUUGUAGUAGUAUAUCAUUGAAUCAAAGACUAACAAUUUAUUUGCACAAAAAAAAAAAGACUUUAACAAUUAAAAAAUAAUAUUGUAUUAGAAAAAAAAAAGGAGCAGACUUGAGAAAAAGCCCAUCAAUAUUCAAAUGUGAUAGUACACUUCAGGCAUUUAGGCCUGUGGCCCAAACUAAGUAUGUUGUCGCUUUCGCUGCCAAGUAAGAACAUUCUUGGUUUCACGGCGAACUUCUUGAUCCGAUGCAAGAUCUUACCCAGAAGAAGCAAUACGAGUUCUCUCUCCCGAAACAUCUCCGUAUUCGCCAGUUAUGAGCAGGAGGAAUUAUCACCGGGACGAUAUAGCGAUGAGUUUAAUGUGGUUCAAGCUUCUGACUUUAUCGAAAUUUUGCAGCUUUGUGCUAGAAACGGAGCUGUUAUGGAAGCAAAAGCUUGCCAUGGGAAAACUAUGCGUAUGGAGUUGCAGGGAGAUGUCACUCUGUCAAAUGUUCUUAUUAAUGCUUAUUCCAAGUGUGGUUUUGUGGAGCUUGCUCGCCAAGUGUUUGAUGGAAUGCUUGAAAGAAGCUUGGUUUCUUGGAACACCAUGAUUGGUUUGUAUACACGGAACAGAAUGGAGUCAGAAGCAUUGGAUAUUUUUUGGGAGAUGAGAAACGAAGGGUUUAAGUUUAGCGAAUUCACGAUAUCGAGUGUUCUUUCUGCUUGUGGGGCAAAUUGUGAUGCCUUGGAAUGCAAAAAAUUGCAUUGUUUGUCAAUGAAGACCUCUCUUGACUUGAACUUGUAUGUUGGUACUGCUUUGCUUGAUCUUUACGCAAAAUGUGGCAUGAUCAACGAUGCAGUGCAGGUUUUCGAGUCUAUGCAGGACAAGAGUUCAGUUACAUGGAGUUCUAUGGUAGCAGGUUAUGUUCAGAGCAAAAACUAUGAAGAGGCUCUCCUUCUUUACCGUCGAGCUCAAAGAAUGAGUUUAGAGCAGAAUCAGUUUACAUUAUCUUCAGUAAUUUGCGCUUGUUCAAAUCUGGCAGCUUUAAUAGAAGGGAAACAGAUGCAUGCUGUUAUACGUAAGUCCGGGUUUGGUUCUAAUGUCUUUGUGGCAUCCUCUGCAGUUGAUAUGUAUGCUAAAUGUGGAAGCUUGAGAGAGUCUUAUAUUAUCUUCUCGGAAGUGCAAGAGAAGAAUAUUGAGCUUUGGAAUACGAUCAUCUCGGGGUUUGCAAAGCAUGCUCGUCCUAAGGAAGUGAUGAUCUUGUUUGAGAAAAUGCAGCAAGAUGGAAUGCACCCAAAUGAGGUUACUUUUAGUUCCUUGUUAUCGGUUUGUGGUCACACGGGUUUGGUCGAGGAAGGAAGGAGAUUUUUCAAACUCAUGAGAACCACAUACGGUCUGUCACCAAAUGUGGUUCAUUACUCCUGUAUGGUUGAUAUUCUUGGUCGUGCUGGCCUAUUGUCUGAAGCGUACGAGUUGAUAAAGUCUAUUCCUUUCGAGCCUACAGCUUCCAUUUGGGGUUCUCUUCUUGCUUCAUGUCGAGUCUGCAAAAACCUCGAGCUGGCUGAAGUUGCAGCCAAAAAAUUAUUCGAAUUAGAACCAGAAAAUGCCGGUAAUCACGUCUUACUAUCCAAUAUAUAUGCGGCAAACAAACAGUGGGAGGAAAUCGCCAAAUCAAGGAAGCUUCUAAGGGACUGCGACGUGAAAAAAGUAAGAGGACAAAGUUGGAUUGACAUUAAGGACAAGGUCCACAUUUUCCGUGUUGGAGAAAGCAGUCAUCCGAGAAUCCGUGAGAUCUGUACGAUGCUAGACAAUCUAGUUAUCGAAUUGAGAAAGUUUGGAUAUAAACCAAGCGUAGAACACGAGCUGCACGAUGUGGAGAUAGGAAAGAAAGAGGAGCUUUUGAUGCAACAUAGUGAGAAACUGGCUUUGGUUUUUGGUCUAAUGUGUUUACCAGAGGGUUCUACAGUGAGGAUCAUGAAGAAUCUGAGGAUUUGUGUUGAUUGCCAUGAGUUUAUGAAGGCUGCUUCAAUGGCUACAAGAAGAUUUAUCAUUGUUAGAGAUGCUAAUAGGUUUCACCAUUUCAGUGAUGGUCAUUGUUCUUGUGGCGAAUUUUGGUGACAAAACUCUGUUUUAGGAUCACAAAUAAAUAAAUUAUUUUUUCCCACCAA